AUGUUAGUGUUUGCUCUUUGCAAAUUGAGUUAUGUUCUCUAUGUGAAGGAAAAUGUUAGAGGCUCCAAAAUUUCUACCAAAUGUUUUAUCAAAUGUUACACAUGGUAUGUGAGACAUUUGGUAGAACAUUUGGUAUCCCUAACAUUAGAGAAAUUCUAUUUCCACACACCAAAUUAUCUCUGUGUACAUCUUUUCUCAAUCCACACAUUUAGUAAUUUAAUUUUUACUACUUUAUCUCAGUCCACACACUUCAUAUUCCAAAUAUACCCUCACCUUCUCUGUGCACAUCCUCUCCUUCUAUCAUUUUUCACUCCAAAAACCUUAACCGUAACUACACCAGCUACUGGCGACGGCAGCAGCGACGACAUCAACCACCGCUCCUUCCCAGUCUCUCAGCCAUUCUCACACAGCCUCUCACGCUACCGUCACCUCCAUCGUGAUCAUCGCAGUGCUCGUCUCUCUUCUGCAUCAAAAAGCUAUAAAUCAGCCCUUCAAUCUCGAUCUGAUAUGUUCAUGGGGUUUGAAGAAAUUGAUGGAGAUGAUGAUACAAGGAAGGAGUUUCCUUGUCCUUUUUGUUCAGAGUAUUACAAUAUUCUUGGAUUGUGUUGUUAUAUCGAUGAUGAGCAUACUGUAGAGGCGAAGAAUGGGGUAUUACUCUCGUUUUUCUUGCUAUUGAUGAUUUAAAUAUGAAAAAUUUUAAAUUUUUACUUCAUUGAUAUGUUUUCUCAUGCUUAGUGUCUUUUGUGCAUUUUUGGGUCUAUGUUUGAGUUUUGAAGAUUUCUUUGCAUUUCUUUAGUGUUUGUUUGGCUUCAGAGCACCUAAUUGAACUCGAAUUUUCUUUGUUGAUGAUGAGGGACUCACAAGAAGACUUAAGAUGCUGUUUUGUUAUUGUAUGACAUGGAU